GCUGUGGGCUUUUCACCCAUUCAAAUGGGAUGGGAUUUACACAGUUAACUUAAUUUACAUCAGAGUAAAAGGCCCAUGACAAUCUGAUGCACUGAUAUCACUAACUGUGUAAAUCCCAUUGGUGUUAUUGCAUCAAUCAGUUUAUAUUUGUGAACCCAGAAGCAUGUUAUCGUCUACUUUCAGAUUGUGGCUGUGCCAGCUGUGACAACGUACGCUGUGAUUUUUUGAUGAGUUUGGACCUUUCAAGAUGGCCACUGGAGCCAGCGCCUUUUCGGUAUGGGGCAAAGUAGGGGAAGAGCACAUGCAAUGCCCGGUCUGCCAAGACUACUUCAAGCAACCAAAGAUUCUCAACUGCCAGCACAGUGUUUGCGAAGCCUGCCUGGAGAAGGAGAAGGUAUCAGCCGUGUCCAAGGUGGAAUGCCCGGUGUGCUGGCAGGCCACGACCCUCCCCCAAGACGGUGGCGUGUCGGCGCUCCGGACCAACUUCAAGCUGGUGGAUAUGGUGGAGGCGGCGCACAAGCUGCACCAGAGGGAGCGGGGCUCCGUGCCAGUCUGCCGAGCGCACAGCUGGAAGGAGAGCCGUCUAUACUGCAACACGUGCCGGGAGCUCAUCUGCGAGGUUUGCACCAGCGAGGCCCACAGCGGGCACGAGCACCAAGCCGUUGGGGCGGCUGCUUCAGAAGCCAGGCAGGCCGCCGAGGGAUCCAUCGCCAUCAUCAAAGCACUCACAAAGGACCUGGAGGAUAAACUGAAGGUCAUCCAGGAGGUGGAGCGGGAUCUCAAAACUGCCGCCGAGGACAGCCGCCAGGAGUUGGACCAGCGGGCCAACGAGGAGGUUGCCAGAGUCAGGGCUGCCAAGCAGCGCAUCAAGGAUGAGAUCAACUCCACCGAGAAGGCCAGGGCCCGGACUCUGGCGGACUGCAAGCGCGAGUACACGGUCAUGGGGGAGAACAUGAAGUCCGCGGUGGACGGGUACCGAGCGGCGGUCGAGAGCGGUAACUACGCCGGCGAUUACGAAUUUGUCUCCCUCCAACCAAAGAUCGCGGAGCUGGCUGAGCUGGGAGGUCGCAAAGGGCCGAAGGUCGAACCCGCAUUGUCCGUGUUGAGAUUCGAGAGGUUUGAAUCUGAAGACAAUAUUCGUCUGGGUCGACUGGUCGAUAAAUAGGAAAACUAUCCGCCGCUAUAGACGAUGUAAAAUGCAAAAUAGAUGGAAUUCUGAAAUAAGUAAAAGAGCUCUCAAGUAUAAUCAUAAAACCAAAAACACCCAAAGAAACAUUAAGUAUUUUUUACUUCUCACCGAUAUCGAAAUCCGUGUCAUGAUCUGUACUAUGGAAUGGUGUAUAUAUAAUUUUUUUUAAUACAGUCCGCAAAAAAAGAAGGCAUUGGAUGACCUUCUCCCUUCAAAGUGUACUCACUUGACACUUUUGCAGUGCAGCCUUUUAGAGGAACUAUUACAUUC